AUGAGUGAAAUAAAGGAAAAAAGAAAACUAGCUAAUAAAAUUAUUUUAGCUGCUAGAUGUGAUUUGUUUAAUACAUUUUACGACUUUAGUUGGAAAAAAGAGGAUAAAACUAAAAAUGUUCAAAAGAGUUUUAAAUAUAAAAUUAAUACAAGGAGAGGUGGUUUUAAGGCAAAGAAAAAGCGUUUUAAAAUAAAUAAAUUUAAGCUUAAUUAA